CUCCAAAGCCCGGGCUCUUUCCACUGAGCCACGCUGCUGGGAAAGACUCCUUCUUCUGGCCCCGAAGAAAUCCUAAUUGGUUUCCAGCCCUCCUUUAUCAGACCGUGGGACCCAUGGGGGACCUGAUGCUCUCAUAUCUACGUCAGAGUUAGUGCCCGACGGGGAGCGAGCGCCUGUCGAACACCGCAGUCGCGACGAUGACAGUGCUCCGCGCAUAGUGAGCGCCGACUACUGUGCCCAUCCCAGGAGGGGCCCCAUAAUCUCUGCGUGGGAGGCGAGCGUCCGGUUCAGCACCGGCUGGGCAUCCGGUACAGACUACCGACCGACAGCCCGAAGGGAAGAAGGACGGGAGGAGCGACACGGAGAAGACGGGAAGAGGAUAAGGAGAAAAGGGACGGUCGUCGGGUCCCGUUCCAACCGCCCGCCCCUUCGUCUUCCCCGAGAGAUUUCCGUCUUCUCCCCCCUCCUCCCUCUGCCAAGCCGCCAACGCCCGCCUUGCCCUCCGCGAAGAUUUAAGAGCCCAGCCACCGUGAGCUUCCCCGCUCCUACGGCUUCAUCAUUUUUCUCAAAUACCCUCCCGCGCGCGCCCUCCCGGACGUCGUAAAUAAUUGAAGCCCGGCCCCUCUCGGGUUUUCUGACACCGAUCGGACAACUCUCAGCAGCUGGUUUCUCCGGUCAUCUCCCCCUUCCCCGCCCCCACCCACGACGCGUGCCCAGGAACGAGGCGAGGCAGGUGUCCGACGGGCCCACGUUUCGUCGAGAAGAAUUAUUUGCGGCUCAGCGUGCCAACCCGACCGAAGUAAAUGCCAAGAGGCUCCGGAAUCGUCACGCUGACGACGACGAUAACCGUGCUCUUCGUUAAGCCCUCAUUACGUGCCGAGCGCUGUAGCCGCGGACGAUGACCCCGCCGGGCCCGGCUGCGUUGCGACUGACCUUGGCGCUCUGCCUGCUGACCGUGGCCCGCUCCCACGCCGACCACGGCCCCGGCCUUCCGGAGGAGGAGGAGGAGCGGGGGGACGACACGGCGACGGUGACCACCGGAGAGGACGAGGGCGACCCCGAGGACCUGGAGGUGUUUUACCCCACACGCCAGUGGCAGCCCCUGCUCCCAGGUCGGGCCGUGCCCGCCGGCUCCCACGUGCGGCUGAACCUGCAGACGGGCGAGAGGGAAGCCAAGCUCCAAGAUGAGGAACCCGGCCCCCACCGGCCGAAGGAGCGGAGACAAGGCCCGAGGCUGGGGAAGAUGGACCUCGGGCCCGGGGCGUACACCUCCCAAGACCUGAAGCACGCUCUGGCAAGAUUUAAGGAGGGCCUGGAGCUGGGGACCCCCAAGGACGAUCAGGCCAGGCGGGCCGAGGUGAGACGGCGCUUCCGCCCCAUCGAGGAGCUCAAGCGGGAGUUCGAAGCCCUCAACCUGCACCUGGAGACGGACCUGCAGAUCAUGGUCCGCCUCAUCGACAAGUUCAACAGCUCCGGCGCCACUCUGGGCGACAAAGUGGCCGCCCUGAAAGACCUGGAGUACUACGUCCACCAGGUGGACAACGCCCGGGACCUACUGACCUUCGGGGGUCUGCAGCUGGUGAUGGGCGAGCUGAACAGCACCGAGCCCGUCCUGAAGGAGCACGCGGCCUUUGUGCUGGGGGCGGCCCUCUCCAGCAACCCCAAAGUCCAGGUGGAAGCUAUUGAGGGGGGCGCCCUGCAGAAGCUGCUGCUCCUCCUGGCCACGGAGCAGCCCCUGGCUGUGAAGAAAAAGGCCCUGUUUGCGCUGUCCUCUCUGCUGCGCCACUUCCCCCACGCCCAGCUGCGCUUCCUGAAGCUGGGCGGGCUGCAGGCCCUGCGGAAUCUGGCCCGCGACGAGGCCACCCGCGUGCUGGCCGUCCGCGUGGUCACCCUGCUGCACGACCUGCUCGCCGAGAAGCUGUCGGCGGAGGAGGAGGCGUCGGCGUCGGAAGUCGGGGCGGAGGCCCGGGAGAAGGCGGCCCAGUACGCGCGGGUGCCGCUGGUGGCCGGGCUGGUGGAGCAGGGCUGGUGCGCGGUGGUCGCCGGCCUCCUGGGCCGGCAGCCGGACCACGACCCCCGCGAGAAGGUGCUCCGGGCCCUCGGCCUCCUCCUGGACUUCUGCCGGGACGCCUACCGCCACGACAGCGGGCUGGGCGCCACGCUGGCCCGCCUGCGGGACGAGUACAGCCGGCUGGCCGCCCGGGAGCGAAGGCGGGACCGCCGGGACGGGGACCGUGAGGUGGAGGAGGAGGAGGAGGAGGAAGAGGCCGGCUACUUCCAGGAGAUGCUGAGCACCAUCCGCCUACUCCUCCGCCGGCUGGACUGAGCCCGGCCGGACAGACUCCGGGAGCGGGGGGCGGGGGCCGGGAAGGCCACGCGCUCAUUAAAGCCAGGCGCCCGGGUGCCGAC